AUGACAAGUCUGGCAUUGGAGAUGACAAGCUUCAGGAACUACAAUGGAAUUGGCAACCUUAUUACCUUAUCCUCAUCAUCUUCUCACUUCUGGCCACAAUUCAAAAUUCCCUCCAAAAUCCCACAGAUUUCCUACUUUGUUGCGCAAGCCAUUAAAGCAAAAUCUGCAACAACUCCUCCUCGUUCUCCAAGUAUGAAUGCACUUUUACCCUUCAUGUAUUCAUAUAUGUCCUGUACUACUGCUUAUGCUUUUUCUGGUAAUGUUAUUGGCUUAUUGCUAAAUUUUUUUUUGUAUGGAAAUGGAGGCACAGUUUGUAACUUAUCAAAUUCUUUGGGGAGGAGACAGCUUAUGUAUAUGUCAACAAUCCCAUUUCUAAUUCCGCCUGGUAUUGCUGUUUCUUCAACUAGUGACUUAUUGCAUGUGAAGGAAGAGAUCAGAAAUGUAUUAUCCAAGGGAAAGGCUGCUGGUGUACUUCGUCUAGUUUUUCAUGAUGCUGGAACUUUUGACAUUAAUGAGAAAACAGGUGGCAUGAAUGGCUCAAUUGUGAAUGAACUAGACAGACCUGAAAACAAAGGUCUUAAGAAAUCCGUGAAGAUUCUAGAGAAGGCAAAAGCUCAAAUAGAGGUGCAAUGUCCAGUUUCAUGGGCAGAUGUCAUAGCUGUGGCUGGAGCAGAAGCUGUUUCUAUAUGCGAAGGUCCAACUAUCUCUGUCCAGUUGGGAAGAAUGGAUUCAUUGGUGCCGGAUCCUGAAGGAAAGCUACCAGAAGAAUCACUGGAUGCUCCAGCUCUGAAACAGUGCUUUCAAAACAAAGGAUUCUCUGUGCAGGAACUUGUUGCACUGUCUGGUGCACAUACCCUCGGAGGUAAAGGUUUCGGAAAUCCCACAGUUUUUGACAACUCCUACUUCAAAAUUCUCCUGGAGAAGCCCUGGUUAUCUUCAGCUGGAAUGUCUAGUAUGAUUGGUCUUCCUUCAGACCGAGCACUUGCUGAUGAUGAUGAAUGCUUGAGGUGGAUCUCAAAAUACGCUGAUAACCAGGAGUUGUUCUUUGAUGAUUUUAAGAAUGUCUACAUCAAACUUGUAAAUACCGGUGCCAAAUGGAGAACCAUUUAA